AUCGCGAAUCAAUCAGACGAAGCCGAAAGAAGUUUGGACAGCAUUCUAUCAAAGUUUUUAACUUCUUUUGGGCAAAACGAAAGCUUGUGCUCCUAUUUAGAAGGUAUGUCUUUGCGAUUUUCAUGUUUUGAGGAGCCGGAAGUUUGUCUACUGAGCUCGAGACAUCUGGCCUCACCGGAUUCCAACUUCCAAGCUCGCGCAAACUCCCUGUGACCCGCUACUCGUGUUUCUCGCGCGGCCCAUCCAACUCUCCAGCUAUAUAAGACCGACGCGACGAGCCGGAGCUAUCCAUCGAAAGCCCAUCCGCACAGAAGAAGCUCCUCCACAGCUCUUUCCAGAGUUCUAAACCAUGGAGAAAUCCAUGGCUGUGACGUGCAUCGCGCUCCUCCUGCUGGCCACCAUCGCCCUCUACUGCGACGCCGCCGGCCCCCCGGCCCCCGCCAGUGACACUCUCUUCACCAACAAGCAGCUCCGCUCCAACGAGGAGCUGCGAUCCAACAACAGCUUCUUCGUCUUCAAGGUCCAGAGCGAUUGCAACAUGGUGCUGACGCGGGUCUCGGAUUCCAGCGUGCUGUGGUCGUCCGGGACGGGCGGAAAGGCGGCCGGGUGCUGGGUGACGAUGCAAGGCGAUGGGAAUUUGGUGCUCUACUCCAACCAGAACAACGCCGUGUGGAUGAGCAAGACGGCGCGCAAGGAGGAUCUCUACACGCUGAUGGUGCAGGACGAUGGGAAUGCCGUGAUCUACACCGCCUCCCACGUCGCGAUUUGGUCCACCAGUUACGAUUGAUUGAUCUGAUUGAGUCGAUGGUUGCUUCUUUUCUACUGAAAUAAACUAUAUGCC